GUAUCAUGCACUGUAUCAUGCCACCAAAGCCUGAGGCAACUAAAAUUAACGCUCCAUGAUUCGAUUCGGCAAGAAACCGAUGGUCCGAGAAGCUGCGAUCUUCUUUAACAUACAUCACAUCACCACUUUUCAUUACGAGCCGUCGCCAUUGAGUUUGCCAACCAACAUCUUUUUCCUGCAAACAAAAUCACUUCAACCGCCAACAUGUCCGACGAAGAACGCGUAACAAAGCCCUUCAAGUUUGUCACUGCCGGUGUCGACGCUCGAUUCCCCAACGUGAACCAGACCAAGCACUGCUGGCAAAACUACGUCGAUUACCACAAGUGCAUCAACGCCAAGGGCGAGGACUUUGCCCCGUGCCGUCAGUUCUUCCUCGCAUAUCGAUCUCUAUGCCCGAGCGGAUGGUACCAACGAUGGGAUGAGCAGCGAGAGGCUGGAAACUUCCCCGCCAAGUUGGAUGCUUAAGUGCAACGCUAUGGAUUUUUAUAAGCAUCCGUCGAAUCAGCAAAGUUGGACUUUUUCAAUGUAGUAUAUUACCUACCUAAGACUUUAAGCCAGCCAACAACUAAAGAUUCGCCCCAAGCCUCUCGUUUAUUACGCCUAUGUUUAUAUGACUACCUACCUAGUUAACACAUUGCCAGUCUUGAUUUUCACUAUAGGCAGGAAAGCCAAGAGUAUCAUCUCAGGCAUGACUCCUUUAUGUAUGAUACGGGUGCCUAAGUACGUCAUAAAACAUAGGUAGAUAUUAUCAAUAUUCGGGCGUUUUACAGGCUUUCUAGUAGCCUUUAAAAUCGUAUAUAGGUCUUGCAAUUCAUCUUAUUUCAGUUACAGUAAAUAUCAUCUUAUCAUCCG